AUGAGCUGCAUGUAUUAUGCCUCACGCUUGUCGAAAAACGAGAACAAAGGGCCGUUAGGCGAAAAGGAAUAUUUUGAAGACGAAGAAGAAGAAAAAGAAAAGAUAAAAGUAUUAAUUGAGAAAAUACGAACAAGUGAAUACAUUGUUGUACAUUCUGGAGCCGGUAUAUCUACUAGUUCUGGGCUUCAAGAUUUUCGAGGGCCCACUGGAAUAUGGACAAAUGAGUAUCACAAUAAUAUGAAAAAUAAGAAGAAACAUAAUAAGAAAAAAAAAACAAAAAAAGAAGAAGUCGACGAAACUGUGGAAAAUUGCGAAGAUAAUGAAAACAUCGAUAAACAAAAUCAACUUAUGGAAAAUAAACAGAUCUUAAAGCAUCCCCAAAUAAAGUAUGAUAAUCCAAACGACCCAUCCAAUCAGUUCUCUAUAAAUAAAAAAGAACCUCAUUUUCAUAGAAUUAAAGAGGAAAUAAAUGAAAGUAAUAUAGAUAAUAUAUACGAAAGUUCAAAUAUUAACCUUUUAGAAACACAAAGAGACAUAGAAAAAAAAGAAAACGAAAAUAAUGAAAAUUGUCAAAGUUCUGAUGAAAAUUAUGUAAAGUUUGGAAAUAGAAAAAAAAAAGUUGUAGAGCUUCAUUUAGCUUUACCGACCAAAACACAUAUUAUGAUAAAAGAAUUAAUGAAUAAAAAUAUUAUAAAAUUUUUAAUUACUCAAAAUAUAGAUUCUUUACAUUAUAGAUGUGGUACAAAAUUUUCUCAAAUAUCGGAAAUACAUGGAAAUAUAUUUAUAGAGCGAUGUGAUUUUUGUGGUAGGCGAUAUUUAAGAGAUUAUGUUAUAUCAACAAUCAGUUUUAAACCUACUGGGUCUUUAUGUUUUUUAUGCUCAUUCCCUCCAAUAGGGAUUUGCACAGAUGUUUUAUUAGACUGGAAUAAUGCUUAUGAAGAUUUUUUUCAUUUGAACUCUAUUAAACAUUCUCAAAAAGCGGAUUUUCAUUUUUGUUUGGGUUCGAGUUUUUAUAUAGUACCAGCUAGUUAUUAUCCAUCAAAAAAAAAAUUUGCAAGUAAAGAUUCAUAUAGUUGCUUAAUUAAUUAUCAAAAAUCGUCUCUAUUCAAAGAACUCGAUUUAAAUAUCCAUUCAAAUGUUAACAAUAUAUCAGAUAUAAUUAUUAAGGAGUUCUCUUUAGAACCUCUUGCUAUAAGAACUGGUUUACUGAUUGUUGUUAGAUGUCAAUUAAUAAAAUUUGAUGUAUUAUAUGAUCAAAUGGUUAAACUUAAUAAUAUAGAUAAAAAUGUCCAUGACGGGAUAGAGACAGAAAAUGAAAAUACGGAUUAUAGUCGAUAUAGCUUCCAAACUAAUGCGAUUAAGAAAGGAGAGACUUAUACGAAUGAUCAUACUUCUAUAUGCAAAAAUGAAAUGAGCAAUCAAAAUAAUUACACAAACUGUUUUAAUAAUGCAAAUAAUAAUAAUUGUAACAUGGAUAGUAACAAAUUGGUAUCUGAUAAUGUUAUUUCGAUCAACGAUGAUAUAAACCGAAGUAAUGGUACAUCUCCUUUUUUAGAUAAUGGAGAAAGAAUGAAUGAACCAGAAAUUGAGAAUACAAAUAAAGAUCAAUUAUUUUUAAUAAAGUGUUCAAUGAUUAAAAAUAUAAAAACAGAAAAAUUAAAUAAUUUACAUAAAAUCACAAUAAAUGAAAUCGAUAAAGGUAAAGGAAUAUGGUUAAUACGCACAAAUUCAUCAUGCUUAUUAGAAAUAGAACUAUGGUUUAAUUCUUAUAUUUUAUUAAAACUCAUUUAUAAUGAUAAAACACCAUUUAUCGCAUUGAAUACAUGGGCUAUUGAUGUUGCAUACACAUAUGGUGAUGAUAUUGAUGAUUCUUAUUUUAGCAAUAAUAAAGGAAGCUUUAAACAAUUUAGCCUAAAUAAAAAUAAAUAUACGGGUAAUCAUGAAGAAGGGAUAGAAAUAGAUGAUAGUAAUAUAACUUCCGCUAUGAUUGAUAAGGAAAAUGAUGGAGUGAAGACUUUCGAAAUAUAUGAUGAGGAAAAACUGAAAUACUCUAAAAUUUCCGAAAUAUUAAAUGAGCAUGUUCAUGUUGGAUUUAAUCCACGAAAUGUAAAACCUAAGAGCAAAGUUCAGUUGUUAGCAAUUUUGAGUAAUACUUUUGAUAUGAAUAAAUAUAAUAAUUACCAUUCCUUUGAAUUAUCCAAUUCUUUCAAUUUAUUGUAUAAUUUAUUUUGUAUGGUAAAUAAAUUUAAUGAAGAAAACAAUUUUUUUAUAAAAAAAAAACUUAAUGAUAAUGAAAAAACAAUACAAUUUAUUAAAAAUCUGCAAUUAUCAAAAAAUAUAUAUUUAUAUACUAAUGAUUUUUUAAAUUUAUUUAAUAAUAAUGAUAAAACAAUUAGUCAUUCUACUUACACAUUUCGAGAACGGAAAAAAAGAAACUUGGAAGAUUUUAAUGUAUAUUCAUCCGAUGAACAUAAAGAAAACACAUCAAACUUUAUCUUUUAUGAUUUAUAUAUGAAUGAAGAUAUAAGUUUGUAUAAAAUUCAACUUAAUAAAACUUUGAUUAAUAAAGAAAUAAUUAACAAUUCACAUCACAAUAAAAAUAUAUCAGAUUAUGAUCGGAGUUUACUGAAAAGGGAAAAUUUUCAACAAAUUUCUUCAAAAGAAAAAGAUAAUACCAAAAAAAGUAAUGAAGUUCAAAUUGAAAAUGCCUCGAUUACGGAAAAUAAUAUAAACGAUAAAAAUGGUGGUGAACAUUAUUCACAAUUAUUAUUUUACCCUCUCCUACUAAUAAAUAAUAAAUAUAAACAUGGGGAACUAGUGCAUAAAAUUCCAAAGUAUAUUAAGCCACAAAAAAUAUAUACUCCGUAUAAGAAACUUUCAAGAAAUAAAAAAUAUUCCAACACACUUCAAAAAUAUAGAAGUGAAAUAUGGGAAUAUAAUUAUCAUGAAUUUGUAAAUAAUAUAGAUAAGGAGCAUAUUGUUGACUCUACUUUGUACAAAGAGUUGCGUUAUUUCCCUUUUUGGCUUUUAAAUUACGCCAAUGACUUAUUUGAAUGUGUGUAA